AUGAUGCCCCUAUUCGACAUUGCUUACUUUGUACAGCGAGAUAGACAGGCUGCUGCUGCUGCCACCCCUGGUCGCGAGCCUCCUCCGGUUCCACCUCGCGCUCCUCGAACCUCGCAGUCGUUGGAAGACCAACAGCCGUCCACCGCUCGCGAGCAGUACUAUCAACUGCAUAGAGACCCCGUUCAGCGACCUUGGUACUAUCGAAAGCGCAUGCUGCCGUUUGCCAUUGCCAUGACCAUCUUCUCGACGCUGCUGAGCUGCGUCAUGCUGGCGGUGACACUGACCCGAAAGUCGUUCCUCAUGACAAAGGCUCAUCCCACAGAGACCAUCACACAGUCGGCGCUGACCUUGUCCUCAUUUUCAACAACCUUUCCACAAGAGAAUCCAAGCUUGAUGACUGCGGUGGACAGCUCUUCAGUGCCGCUUCCCACGACGGUGAGUGGACUGCCAUCCAUGACUACCGAUACAACAUCUGCGGCUUCGCCUUCUGCAAGUCCAGCUGUUCCGAUCCUCUCGUCUUCAGAUCUCGCCUCGGUGUAUAUUGACCGGCGUGAUAGUAGGGAUAGCUGGGAGAUUCUAAUAUGGCAGGACGGAGCGGGAUCUCUGGUUUACAUGGAAGGGGAUUCUGAGCGAAAGGGCCUUGGACGGAUUCGAGAUGUGCUUCAAGGCGCUCUGGCGGCUAAAGAUGGGACUCCCAUGGCCGCCGUGGUGGAUGAUACCGAUAGUGCUCACUUGUUCUAUCUUGACGAGAACAAUGUGGUUUCCCAUAUCUUCAUGACCUCAGGCGGCAGCUGGAAAGUCGGGGGUCUGUCCACUGGAACCAAUCGUAUGACUGCACACGGCAAAUCGAAGCUCUCGGCGGCGUUCCACCAGGGUGAGCAUGAGACCCACGUGGUGGUGCUUUCGUACCAGGAUCCAGACGAAAAGUUGCAACUCGCAAUGUCAGAGGAUGCCAGGAAGGGCGACUGGUAUAUCGUCGAAUUUGACUCCUUCUCAGGACGCCACGGGGUUGGAGAUUGGGAGGGGGUUGGCCACGCUAUUGCAGGGGAUUGGCAGAAUAAGAAACAAGAACCUGAUGGAUCGUUUAACGGGCUCUUGAUGGCUGUGGAGAAUGAAGGGGAGAUUAUGCCCUGGGAGUGCUCAGUGGACUUUCAUGCUUCGUCAACGAAACAGGUUGAGUGCCAUGUACUGGACAAGACUUUUCUUGAUACUAACGGAGAGGGAAUAUCUCUAUCUUCUCGGACAAACCAACUUGGUUGGGUACGAACCGGCCACGGCCAAGGCAAAGCACCGGCGCAGACGCUGCCGUACGAGUAUGCGUUCCUAUACCUAGACUCACAAGGAAGUAUACACGAGAACCGUGUGGGAGUUGACGUCGAAAGGGUUGCGGGAGAUGGGUUUCAUGGCGAUAUGGGCUUUGAAAGUCUUGCAACGAAUGGGAACAAGACGGUGUAUGCGAAAUCUGGGAGCAGUGUUGUGGUGUUUCGGCUGGAUGAUGAUGGGUGGCGGUGGAGGCUCGAUGGAAUUGUCAACACGACCAUAUCUGAGACUGACUCAUCGAGUUGA